UUGUUAUUUUAAUAAUGGAAAGAGUGCGGCUUGAUCAGUCAGCUUUACGAGCAGUAGAUGAGUACUGGGAGUACAGAAGGAUUGUGGGUGAUGAUGAUGGAGGAACACUGUUAACCCCAGAACAAUAUGAGGAGUACAAAAGGAAGGUGCUCCCUCUCCGAAUGAAAAACAGGCUAUAUGUAAGCUUUGGGGUACCAGGUGGUAUUGACUGCAAAUUUAUUGGUCCUGAGACCCAGUGCUUCUGUACACAUCGGUACAAGCAACACAAGACCGACUUUGAAGUGAUUCCCUCUGGACGACCCCUAGCACUUCCAUGUCAGGUCAGAGGAUGCCAGUGUUCAACAUAUGAGUUUGUUCCCCGUAAUGGGCCAACGCCUGUCAGAUGCAAGUGUAAACACUUACCCCAGGAUCACAGUGAAGCUGCUGGUCAUUUGUGCAAGAAGUGCACUUCUUGUUCUGGAUUCCAGAGCCCCUUCACCUGUGGUUGUGGUCAGCCCAGCUAUGCUCACCAGACACUGGUUGAGACAAAAGCAGAGAGGGAGGCCCGGGGUCGACCACUAGGCAGGGACGUCCCUUAUGCUGCCAUGGGUGGAUUGACAGGGUUCAGUUCCCUUAUAGAUGGUUACCUUGCAAUGGAGGCCAGUGACUUAGGUGGUCUUAAGGGAGAGGGAGCAUGGAGACGCCUGAAGGAUAGCAUGGACGCACCUGGGGCUCUGAAACUGACUGCUGCAGAGGAAACGAGUGGAAGGGAUCCCAUCUGA